CCCCGCGAUCCCCUCGAGCGAAGGAGCUGCGUAGAAGCUUCGCCCCCGCCGGAGUAAUGGCCUCCGCCGCCGUCGCCGCCGUCUCCUCCGCCGCCGGCGCUGCAUCCGUCGCCUCCUCCGCCUCUUCCGGCGCCGCCGCCGCAGCCGCCGCCGCCGCCGCCCAGCUCCGAGCCGAUCUCAUCGAAACCCUCCUCGGUCGGAGACGAACCCUCCAAGUCCCUCUUUCUGUGAAGCUUGGAAAGCCUGUGGAGAAUCCAAUGUAUCAAGGAAACACUGCUCUUGUUUCAAGGGAGGUAAUGGAAUCCUGUCCGAGGGAAAAUGUGGAAGGAUUCGAGGAUAGAUUGGUGGAGGAAAAUUUAUACUUGAUUACUGAGGAAGGAGAGCAAGGUCGUCUCCCUGUGUUAAUCUUAAGCAUGAAGGAAGCUAGUUCCCAAAGAAGGCCAGCUAUUGUGUUUUUGCAUAGCUCUUACAAAUGUAAGGAAUGGUUGAGACCAUUACUUGAGGCGUAUGCUUCAAGGGGAUAUAUAGCUAUUGCCAUCGAUUCCCGAUACCAUGGGGAAAGGGCCAGAAACUCAACAACAUACCAAGAUGCUCUUGUGUCAGCCUGGAAAAAUGGUGAUACUAUGCCUUUCAUCUUUGACACGGUCUGGGACCUGAUUAAAUUGGCCGACUAUCUUGUACAAAGGGAGGACAUCGAUCCUGUUAAGAUUGGGAUCACGGGUGAAUCACUUGGAGGGAUGCAUGCAUGGCUUGCUGCAGCAGCUGACACCCGCUAUACUGUGGUUGUUCCUAUUAUUGGCGUUCAGGGUUUUCGAUGGGCUUUGGAUAGCAACAAAUGGCAGGCUCGAGUUGAUAGUAUAAAACCUGUGUUUGAAGAGGCACGGAUUGAUCUGCAAAAAGAUGUGAUUGAUACAGAAGUUGUUGAGAAGGUAUGGGAUCGAAUUGCCCCUGGUCUAGCCUCACAGUUUGAUGCGCCAUUCACAAUUCCUGCCAUCGCCCCACGCCCUCUGCUCAUUUUGAAUGGUGCCGACGAUCCUCGCUGUCCAAUCGCCGGUCUAGAAAGUCCUCAUUCGCGAGCUCUUGAGGCUUAUAAUGAGGCCAGUUGCCCUGAAAAUUUCAAGAUGGUAGCAGAGCCUGGGGUUGGGCAUAAGAUGACUAGUUUGAUGGUGAAGGAAGCAAGUGACUGGUUUGACAAGUUUCUUAAGCAGUAAAAGCACUUCUUCCUUCAGUCGAAGCAGCAGCGGCAGCAGCAGCAGCAGCAUUUCCUCUUUACAAUAAUAAAAAUGAAUUUUCUUCUGCUUAUAUCAAUGUUGGCACUUCUUGCUCUCUUUUGGAGAAGUUGGAGUUUGCAACUAGUUUAGUGUUAUGUGAUGAUAAUUUUAUCCAGGUGCUUCCGCUUGUCUUAGAAACAGAUAAUGAAUUCAACUGUUGUUGAUAAUGUUAACGUGAAAAUGCUUAUACUCUUUAUAUGUAAGAGCCGAGCUUUUAAUUCUA